AUGCAGAGUCAGGACGUGUUUGGGGGAUUUGGCAGUCGCUUUGCUGCUUCAAAAUUUGGGACUGAUAGUACAGGCUUCAGCCAUGGCGCGUACAACUCGAACCACACGGGCUACCCUCCAUUCGCCGAUCGCAACCAGAGAAAGCCUGCCGUUCCUUCGAUAGCUACUGCUUCCAAAGAUCAACAUAGUUAUAAUGUCACCGAACAGACGCCAGGUACCGCCUUUGAUAUGAAUUUCACGCCCCUGUUGCCUUCUCAGCUUUUGCUCGGCAGCCCUUUCCAGCCAGGUUCUCCUGGUGCCUUCGCUUCUCCGCAGUUUCCCACCUUCAAUCGCUUUGGUCCGGGAACCAAUGCUCUUCAUACGCAGACUCAGCAGUAUCAACAGAACCAACAUGCUCAGGCGCAGCUCACAAGUCCCACUCAACCCAAUGCCAAUCCUCUCUCCCCACAAGCAUAUCAGACGGUUAUGUCGCCCGACAGCUAUACGGCACAGUCACCGACUGGAUUCAGUGGCUUGGGCGGUGCAGCAUUUGGGCACUACCAACCUAUGGUAGGCAUGGGCAACUCAUGGAUGACUGGCACAAGUCGUACAGUCUACUUGGGAAACAUUCCCGCGGACACGUCUGCUGAGGAAAUCCUGAGCCAUGUCCGAAGCGGUCAGAUCGAGUCUGUGAGACUGCUACCUGAGAAAAACUGCGCGUUUAUUUCGUUCCUGGAUAGCAGUUCUGCCACCCAUUUCCACUCAGAUGCUAUCCUCAAAAAGUUGUCAAUCAAGGGUCACGAUAUUAAGAUCGGCUGGGGGAAGCCAUCCCAGGUGCCGACCUCGGUCGCUCUCGCUGUACAGCAGUCGGGUGCCUCGAGAAACGUCUACCUAGGCAACCUGCCCGAGGACAUCACUGAACAAGAGAUUCGAGAAGACCUGGGCAAGUUUGGACCCAUUGAUACAGUCAAGAUGGUCCGCGAGAAGGCGAUCGGCUUCGUCCACUUCCUCUCCAUCAGUAAUGCCGUCAAGGCCGUGGCUCAGCUGCCACAGGAUCCCAAAUGGGGUCCUCCCCGACGGGUUUACUAUGGCAAGGAUCGGUGUGCCUAUGUUUCCAAGACGCAGCAACAGAAUGCAGCGCAGUACCUAGGUAUUGCUCCUGGUUACGCCCACGUGCUCAACGGAGCCGACCGUGAUUUGAUAUCCAAUGCCCUAGCACAACAGUCGGUGGCAGCAGCCGCCGUUGCAACUACUGCAGGUGGUGUCAAUAACUUGGGAAAUCGAACUGUCUACCUUGGAAAUAUCCACCCUGAGACUACUAUCGAGGAGAUUUGCAAUGUCGUGCGUGGAGGGUUGCUCCAUCAUAUUCGAUAUAUUCCCGAUAAGCAUAUUUGCUUCGUCACAUUCAUCGAUCCUACCUCUGCUGCGUCUUUCUAUGCGCUGAGCAACCUUCAAGGACUAAUGAUCCACAACAGGCGGCUGAAGAUUGGGUGGGGAAAGCACUCGGGAGCUCUCCCACCUGCCAUUGCUUUGGCCGUCAGCGGAGGAGCCUCGAGAAAUGUGUAUAUUGGAAAUCUCGAUGAGAGCUGGAGCGAAGAACGACUACGACAGGACUUUUCCGAGUACGGUGAAAUCGAGUUGGUCAAUACUCUGCGGGAGAAAAGCUGUGCUUUUGUAAACUUUACCAACAUUGCCAACGCCAUCAAAGCCAUUGAGGCUGUACGACAGCGAGAAGAGUACAAGCGGUUCAAGAUCAACUUCGGCAAAGACCGGUGCGGCAAUCCCCCUCGCCAGAACCUGAACAAUGCCAAUGGCAGCCAGUCACGGCUCCAAAACUCGAUUGACAGUGCAGGUUCUCCAGCUGCAAUGAAUGGAUUUGACCAUGCUGUGUCACAGUCAGGCUCUAGUCCCACGAGGUCGACGAUUCCAACCGGGCCUAAGGCUUCAGUCGGGCCACAGUCUCAAAUCGCUGCGCGUCAGACAAGCCUGCCUGCGCCAACACCGUCGGCGAUCCUGAAUGCAGGCAACAACAACCCCUUGACAAUGUAUCUAUCACAUGUGUCACAACAGCAAGCUCAAGCUGAACAGGAUUUGCGGGACGACUCCCUGACAUUUGCCCAGCUACAGCAGCAGCAGAACCAUGCUUUGGCGAAUCAACAGGCAGCACUGUACGGUGAUAUGCCGAACGGACAUAAUGGAUUGGAGAUUCCAAGCUCGUCGCAUAUUCCUCGACAGAGCAGCAUCAGCGGUGGAUUCAAUUCGAACUCUCUGAGCAAUGGCGCGUCCACCACCGUCGGCGGGCUUCUGGCCCCUACGAACACUGGACUAGGAGCAAGCAGGAGUGCCCACUCCCGAGCUGUAUCGCUCCCAGCCUUUUCGCAAGAGCUCUUUGGUGGCCAGCAGUCUACGCAACCAGGCUCGUCGUCAUCACGUGGCUUUGGUGGGCAUGCUCCACAGGGCAGCUUUGGUGGAUUUGGAUCGGUUUUUGGCACUGGCUUCGGGACCAGUGGGUUUAAUGGACUAGGACUGACGAGCGAUAGCCGUGGAGGUCUCUCCGGCUGGGCUGAGGAGGAAAUAGGGGCAAAAUAA